AUGUCUGCAGUUCAGGGGAAUAUGCGCGUCGGGGAGGCGAACCAGUUCCACAUGUAUCACGAAGGGCCUCUGCAGAUGAACAACGCCGUGAAUCCAGAAUGUGGACCUCCGGACGGUGGAAACUACUUCAACCCCGCAAAUCCUGUUCCCAGGGCGGACAAAUGCGUGGCAAUGCUGACCCACAGGAGAAAGAGGACCAAUUUCACCCAACAGCAAAUCAAGGUGCUGGAGAAAGUUUACAACGACACUAAAUAUCCCGACAUCUUCCUACGGGAGAGACUGGAGGCUCUGACUGGGCUGCCGGAGUCCAGAAUUCAGGUGUGGUUUCAGAACAGAAGGGCCAAGUCUCGUCGCCAGGUUAGCUCAUCAACGUCCACAAAGGUCAGCAGCACGCCAGCAGCUGGUCCCUUUAUCCAAGUCCAGAACAGGAUGGCUCCGGAAAAAGUUUGUGACAAUCUUCACAGUGCUGAAGUACAUCAGAUGGGUGGUUUUGGACUAGAGGAAAGUUUCAGGUCUACAGUGCACCUACAAGGCAUCGAGGACACCCACAGGAACACUCUUCCAAGCAAACCCAGCAGCUACGCCCAAGCAUCUGCCUCCCGCAUCUAUGACAAGGAGGGCGCCAGAAUGAAUCCAGAACACAUGCAGCGACACAAGCAGAGUGCUGGCACUUCGAGCUGCAGCAUCCCUCUCUAUCCCAGGAGAGAGCACCAGACAAACAUGGACGCCAACAUGACCAACAGCCAAGCUCCAAAGGUUUUGGUGGAGUAUGACAAUUUCCCACCAAACAAAACCAUUGGACCAGAGAUGAAAGUUGUGAUUCCUCCCAUCCCAAUGCAGAACCCCUUCAGCACACCAUCAUCAUCUAAGGACAACAGAUGCCAAAUGCAGUAUCCGCAGGCGAGGGCCAGCGGGGACAGGUUCGAUCACUUUUCCCAGAUUCCCGCCAGAAAGAUGCAGGACUUCUCCGACUCGGAUUCUGAUUGGGAAAAUGAAGCAAUGGCAAACUUCAGUGGCUUUAUGUGAUGCAUUACAAAAGCUACAUGUAUCAUAAGAGGUGUGAGAGUGUAUUUAUUUUAA